CUGUACUCCGCGCCUGCGCGUUUGAAAUAUGAUAAUGUUGUUGAUAUGCUAUGCUAGCUAGCUAGUAGAGUUGUUUUUGCAUAUUAGGUUACCAUUAACUUUACUCUCUUCACUGUCUCGCCACUGUAUCAAGAUAAACCCGAAAACGCUCCGCAUGAAGGGCUGAUGGAAAACGCAAGAGAUACGGCUGAACGGACUGUUCGUUCAGAAAGGAAGAGGCGGGACUCGUUUGGGAUGUUCGAUGGCUAUGACAGCUGCAGUGAGGAUUCCAGCAGUAGCUCGAGCUCAGAGGACAGUGAUGAAGAGGUUCCCUCCCUCCCUGCCAGCCUGCCCAUCAUCAAGACCAACGGCCAGGUCUACACCUACCCCGAUGGGAAGGCAGGAAUGGCCACCUGUGAGAUGUGUGGGAUGGUGGGAGUGAGAGAUGCUUUCUACUCCAAAACCAAGCGCUUCUGCAGUGUAUCCUGUUCAAGGAGUUACUCAUCCAACUCUAAAAAAGCCAGCAUACUGGCCAGACUGCAGGGUAAACCACCAACGAAAAAGGCUAAAGUAUUACAGAAGCAGCCUCUCAUGGCGAAGUUGGCUGCCUAUGCCCAGUACCAAGCCAACCAACAGAAUCAAGUCAAAUCAAAAACAGUGAUUCCUGUGAAAGGCUUUGAUUGGGGACGCUACAUAGGCACCGGCGACAUUAACGGGGCACCUGUCGGCUGUUUCAAACACGUUCCUAUGGGAACUUCCUGGGGUGACCUUGCAGAAGGGGUGAGAGUAGAGGUGCCCAAUACAGACAGCGGCCUGCCAAUGAAGGUGUACUGGAUAGCAGGAGUUAUAAAAUUAGCAGGCUUUAAGGCACUGCUACGGUACGAGGGGUUUGAUGGUGACUCUGGCAGGGAUUUCUGGUGUAACAUCUGUGUCCCUGACAUCCACCCGGUGGGCUGGUGUGCAGCAGGAGGAAAGCCCCUGGUUCCUCCUAAGUCCAUUCAGCACAAGUGCACCAACUGGAAAGCGUUUCUUGUGAAAUGCCUAACAGGAGCAAAGACUCUACCUAUUGAUUUCUCCACCAAGGUGCAGCAGAGCAUGCAGUUCCCCUUUAAGAAGCUGAUGCGUGUGGAGGUGGUGGAUAAGACUCACCUGUGCCGGACACGGGUGGCCCUGGUAGAGCAGGUGAUCGGAGGUCGGCUUCGGCUCGUCUACGAGGAGUGCUCGGACGGCUCGGACGACUUCUGGUGCCACAUGUACAGCCCACUGAUACACAGCAUCGGCUGGUCCCGCGGCAUUGGACACCGCUUCAAGAGAUCUGAUGUUUCAAAGAAACUUGAUGGCCAAGUAGAUGCCCCAGGACAGCUUUUUGCGAAGGUGAAGGAUGUUGACCAGAGCGGGGAGUGGUUUAAAGAUGGCAUGAAGCUGGAGGCUAUUGACCCUCUGAAUCUAUCAGCUAUUUGUGUUGCUACUGUCAGAAAGGUCUUGGCGGAUGGAUACCUCAUGAUUGGAAUUGAUGGUUCCGAGGCGGCUGAUGGUUCUGACUGGUUCUGCUAUCACUCCACCUCUCCCUCUAUCUUUCCUGCUGGAUUCUGUGAAAUCAACACAAUUGAACUCACCCCUCCACGUGGGUACACAAAACUCCCAUUCAGAUGGUUUGACUACCUCAGGGAAACGGGUUCAGUGGCAGCUCCGGUGAAGCUCUUUAACAAGGAAGUUCCAAACCAUGGGUUCCGCCCUGGCAUGAAGCUGGAGGCUGUGGACCUGAUGGAGCCCCGGCUGGUGUGUGUUGCCACAGUGACACGUAUUGUACAUAGACUGCUGCGCAUCCAUUUUGACGGCUGGGAGGACGAGUAUGAUCAGUGGGUGGACUGUGAAUCACCUGACCUCUACCCUGUGGGCUGGUGUCAGCUGACUGGCUACCAGCUACAGCCACCAGCUGUGCUCGCCUCUAGAGAGCUCCCUCCGAGUGUGACAAAGCAGAAGAAGAAAUCCCAGCAGUACAAAGGCCAAAAGAAAAGGCAAAGCUGCACUCGCCACGGCUCAUCACGAUUCUUGCUCUGCGGGCAUCUCUAUUCACACCAGCACAGAGCAUUGAAACCAAAGAGGAAGAUCCCCAUUGGUAAGAGACCAGUGAGUUUGUCGGGGGUGGUAUUGAGUGGAGUGCCCCAGAGGAACCUAUCUGGAGACGAGAACAUGACCCCGCCAGACUACCCAUCUCCUCCCACACCAGCAUCUGCCUCUGGGACUGCACAGCCUCCCUCGGCAGCCCAGGAAGUCAGCCCCAAUGGAAAGCCAGGGGUGACGCUGCAGCUGAAGGAGGAGGUUCAGGAGGCAGACGAGUUCACCUUCCCGCAGGGCACAGCCUCCGACCUGGAGAGCAAUGGCUCCGACGGCAGCUACUACAUCAAGCAGGAGACCUGAGCCUCCGUGGGGCACUGCUGCAGGAGAGCCAGUCCCCUCCCUCUCCCUCCACAGCACCAGAGACCAUGGGCCCUGGGUGGCAUCCCCAUAACAUUAACAUGGAAGGUCACCAGGGGGCUUCAAGCUGUGCCCAUAGAGACUUGGGACAGAGCGACUCAAAGACUAGUUCCAAACAGACAGCGCAAACGGGGAGAGGAGUGUAGAGAAUAAAGGGAAAAAGAGAGGUGCGUGAAUGACAAUAACUUUAUGUUUCAGUUCAGUUUUUUGUACUUCAACAACAACAAAAAAUAAUAUUUUUUACGAUUUUUUUCUAAUCCGAUAUCUUUUUGUGCAUCUCUCGUAUUCGUUACAUUGAGGUAGGGUAAUCUUUCGAUGGAUAAACUGUGUGAUGUUUGUGUAUAUAUAACAGGGUGUAUGUAUGUAGGUAUUGAAUGGACUAAACCUUACUGGUAUAAAACAAUCACUCAGAUAUAAAGUAGAAACACCACCAAUCAGCUUCAUACCAGUUCCGCACAUUCAACUAAGAUUUGAGCAGUUUACCACAUUCUCUGGAUGUUGCGUUCCAUUUGUGUGAUAGCCAAUAAUGACUUACAGCUAUCACUGGGACAUGACCAGGGAGAAUGUGGGAGAGCCCCAAAUCUUCAGUUGACCCUUUUCUAUCACUAUAUUUACCAUGCCUUAUUUAAAAUAUGUUUACAAAUAUUACUCCUCUUAGCCAGCUGAUUGCAGGCAAAUUUUUUGUCAAAUCUAAACAAUUCUACUCUUGUGAAAAACAGGUCAUUCACUGUGGUAAUAUUUAGUUCUAUCACAGUUUACUACACAAUGAUAUGCAAACCUUGACUCUUGUGUCAAGUAAUAGAGAUCUAUGUGAAAUGUUUUAUAUCUAACAUAUAGCAUUAUUCUACAUGAAUUAUGUCAUAAUUCAGAGCGAUACUAUAAAUAUGAGUAGAGGAAAUAUUCAAGUCACUGUAAUAUUCAGGCUGUGUUUCAUCAGUACCGUCAACAACAUGAGAAACGUUUUAUCUGAAUAGAGAAUUUACUGUCUUUGUAAAAGAAAAACUUCAUAAUGCUGUUUGCUCUACCUCUUUUAGAACUUUUAAUGUAAUCUCCUGUUGCAAGGUUUUCAGAUUCUGGUCAAACCACACGUAUAGGUGACUUUUCAUUACAAUUUAAUUCACUUUGACUGCUAUGUGUGCAUAUUUCCUAGUAAGUGAUUGGUAGGCCUGGGCUAAAUUGUCAUACUCACUGACUCAUGAUCAUACAUUUUAUUCAUAGGCCAUCCUUUCAUUGGGAGAUAUUAAAUGAAUGUCAAUAUUGAUUUAUAAAACAAAAUAUAUCACAUUAAAUGUGUAUUUAUGAACAAAGUAUGCAGUAUAUAACAGAGCCAAUUUACAAACAUGAUAUGGUGAUUUAUUUUGUGCCAUAUGAGAAAUUAAAGAGGGAUUAUAAUUUACAUACUAUAUAUACUAACGACUGCACUCCGUUGUCUUACUUUAUAUACCAGUAAGGUUGACAAUUUACUCUCAGGAAAUCUUAGCGUAUUGUAUUAUAGGCUUCUUCUUCGUUGUUAAGGUUAUUGAGAACGGUGUUGUCAUUGGCUGUUGGCAUGCUGAAGUUAGACUUCAGAGAUUGAUGUGGUCAACAGUAUUAAUAAAAAUGUGUUUAGUCCAAGAUCGGUCUUAAAGUAAAUGUGUCACUUGGUAAACCAUCUCACUAAUGUAGAGAGACCUAUUUGAUUGUGAUACAAGGUCCCAUUUUAAGUGGAUUUGUCAUGUAUUCUGUCUCUAAAGGUAGGAUUACCCUUCUGUGUGUCACUGUUUGAUAAUGUGUAGGUGUUUGUUUUGAACUUUUCUUUUUUUGCAAAAAUGUUCAGUUAAAUGUUAGCUCUGUCGAUUUGUCUUACUGUUGUUACUGUAUGUUUCAAUGUCUGGUCCUGAGUGAAACUCAAACUAGUAUUACAGUCUCAAUGAAAAUGUACAUUUUACGCGCUGGCUGGUGUAAACCAGCUCAGGUGACCUUGGUGAUGCCAAAGAUUGCCUAAGGUCACUGUCAAGCAAUAACGUCUUAUCACAGUACUCUCCUAACGUUACAUUUGAACCUAAAUGUCAUAAUAAUGAACAAGGUUUGACAGGCACACGGUAGCUAAAUAUAUGGUACAGAGGCAUAUCUGUUGCAAAUGCUCCCAAUUUCACCCUACAUUAGGUUUGGGAGACAGUGAGAUCAUAAGCUUUUAGCUGUACUUUCACUCAAACUUCAGACUGUGCAUCAAAGACUGAAUGGGGGAAAUAUACAUGACAUUAUGUUAAUAUAUGGCAUGACUGUUUUGAGGCGACAAACAUUGUCUCCGUCGUCCUUGUAACACAAAUGUUAGACACGAGAAUUCAUGGUAUUUGAAUGAAGAAAAAAAUAAACGCACAAAUGGACUCAAUAUAGGGCUACACUGUUCUGAUCAUGACGUUCAUUGAUUUCAAAUGCAUUAUUUCAAUAUUAUAAUCAAUAUCAAAGAACAAGACUAUAGGGUGUGUUUGUUAAAACCAAAAUAUGUGCAUGCAGCAGUGUGAACAUCAUGUCCUCCUGUGCUUAACUAGUUGGUCUUGGUUUAUAUGUAACUGUUGGUCUUUGCACUAACACAGGUCUGUGUGUAUGUGUGCUUGUUUCUAUUGUGAAACCUGUUCAUCAUAUUGUCUUUGUAUUCUGGUGCUAUAUACAUAUAUUUGAUAAAGUCAUAACCUUUUAAGAAUGAAAUGAUUUUCAGAAACUGUGACCAUAGUGGAGAAAUGCAGUUCUCUUCUCUUAUUUUGGAUACAACUAUAAUGAAAGAUUUGUAAUGAAUUAACUGUCAAAACACAAAAAAAUCUUCAUCCAAGUAUAUAGUUUUUGUUCCUUGUUUUCCAUGGUAAAUGUGCUGUGAACAAAAGUUUAGAAAAAUAUGUAUUUGAAGAUUUGUUUACUUUCAUUUAAUAUUUUUAAUGAAUCUUGCAUGUUUGUGGAAAAAGCGUUAAUGUAAAAUAAAUGAUUCACAACUUUUUUACACUGCAUAAAAGUACAGUA